CUGCGUCGGAAAACCCAAGCCACAGGCAUUCUGCAUUAAUUGUUCCGGUGGCCAUAGCCUUUCCUUCGCUGCAACACUUCAUAUAAUGGCGGCUGGUGCCUGGUUCUGAUCCGGUCGUCGGAUUUUCUUGGCCGGGACCAAUGAGUAUAGCCAUCAAGUAUAUCAUUCCCACUGCUUCACACACCAAGCGCCCAAAUCCAUUCGGCAGUGCAAUUGAUUUUAAGGUACAAAUGGGUUCGGCAGGAGUCAAAAGGGAACCAUUGCACCAGGACUACUGAAGCAUUCACUUAUGACCAUGAACUACUAUGAAGCACUCGAAGUUCCGUCAACAGCUUCAGCAGACACGAUCAAACAUCAAUACAAGCACUUGGCUCGUAUAUGGCAUCCAGACAAGAAUAGGGGAAACGCAGCUGCUUCAGAGAGGUUUAAGCUGAUCAGCGAGGCGUACGAAAUUCUAAUUGAUUCGGCAAAACGUUCCGCAUAUGACCUUGCGCAACAUCAAGGUUCGAAAAUCUCAAAGCCAAUUACUACACUGCCUGCCCGCGCUUGUCCGAAAAAUAACUUCGUGGUCUGGCCUUCGGCCACUUGGUACGAACUCUCUGCAGCGCCUGGGGUCUCCUUCUGCUCGUUUUGUUAUGAGGAGCACAUCGCCGCAACUCGGUUCAGCCAAGCGUUUAGAGAAAUUUCUGCUCUUCCACCACAUCCAAUGAAUUGUGGCUAUUGGGCGCCACGCGUGCGACUGCUCUUCGAGGGAGUCCUCAAAUCUGGUGACUUGUCCGCACUUAUUGCACAUCUCGAAAUCAGGGCUUCAAUACCAGACUGCUUGGGGGCCGAGGACUACGUCCCAGGCCCCGAACCACGCAUGGAAUGGUUCAGUCUCAAAGCGAAUCUCAACAGUCCCAGCGGUCCCUUGUCUGGCUUUAUCGUUUGUCGUGCAUGUUAUGAGGAUAUCGUAAUGGCAACUCCUCAUCAUAUCCACUUUCGAAAGUAUUGGCGCACGCAACUACCUGACCAGGUGUGGUCCUGCGAUGUGGGUCGCGAAUGGGGUCGGUUUGUAUUUGAUCCAUUUGUUCCCAACAAUCGGGAUCUCGGGUGGAAUGCGGUUGUAAAGAAGUUAGCUAGCGAAUUCGGGAAGGAAUGUUACGAAAAGAGUGGCGAUCGUUCCGGGGCGUGGUGGAGACUUCGGGGUGACUUAGAUGACAAUUCACUUGCUGUUUGCGGCCCUUGCUACGCAUCGCAUAUCGCUCCUUCCGACCGAGCCACAGAUUUCAAAUCCUUAUCGUCGUCCGAGUUGCCCUUCUCACCCUCGGACCAAGACCAGCCCUUUCUCUCGUGCGCAAUGGGUGAUUAUCGCCUUCGAAUGGCAUGGGAUAUUGUCAAAUUUCUGGGUCUUACUACAAGCAUAUGGUGCAACGUGGCCCUUGUAAUUCUCCAUUGCGACCCUUGUACUUCUGAGGGUGGAAUUGGCCGGAAAUGGUACCGAAUUACCUCUUUCCCAAGUCUCUGUAAUAUUUGCCCAGGUUGCUACUAUGCAAUGUUUUACACUUUCGGAUUUGGGCCUCAUUUCUCACCCUACCGUGACACUGUGGACCCAGACAUAGAAGCAGAUUCCCAGCGGAGAGUCUGUGAUCUGAAUCCCAGCCAGCCACGCUUUCUUCAACUUCUCCGAAAGAUUGAUGAAGCCGGUGCCGUUGGCAACUUCGAUAUUCUUCUUCAGUACACCCAGGAAAGGGCAGACUUACCUCCUUGCCCACUUAUGCUACCCGCAGACGACAGCGAAAGCAGGAUAUGGUAUGGGAACGGAAACAGCUUCGUUGCCUGCGAGGAGUGUUAUUUCGACCUUAUUCGUACCAGCCCGUUAGCCCAAUACGUGAUGCAGUGCGACCCGCGAAAUUCCCCGCAGUUUGGGUUUUGCGCAUUGUCAUCGGAUCGCAUGAGGAGGCAAUGGGCGAAUGCUUGUCAAUGUGGAGAUCCGACGGAGUUCCUGGAGCUCUGUGAGGAUCGAGCCUCGGUCUUCGAGGAAACAGUGUUGAAGGCGAGGAGGCUGAAGUUGGAGAUUGAAGAACGAGAGCAAGAAGCCAUUAAUCGAGUAACCCUUGGUUAUCAUUAUUAUGGGGAUAGUUAUGACGGCCAGUUUGAGGAAACAAAAGAGGAGACCGCUACGAUGAAGGCGCUUUAUCGGCGAUGGGCAGGUUGGUAUUAGCACUUGUACGAAUUACAGGGAUAAAUUUUAUGCAGGCAUUCAUAAUUAUGUCAGAAAUGCCCAAAAAAUGGGUGUACCGCUAGCUCAAUACAGUAUGCUUUCCAAGG